AUGGCUGCAUCAUUGACAUCCAUCCCGCGAUUCCUAUUGCCUAGACUAUCAUGGUCAUCUCAGGCCCAAGACCACCACUUUGACACACUGAAGUUUGUCCAGAGGUUGCAAGAUGAGGGCUUCACGGAGGAGCAGGCCGUGGCCAUGAUGAAGGUCUUGAGUGAUGUUGUCGAAGAGAGUAUCCAAAACCUCACACGAACCAUGGUACUUCGUGAAGACCAAGAGAAGGCAACAUACACGCAGAAGGUCGACUUUGCCAAGCUGCGCUCUGAACUGCUAUCGGCCGACUCUACCGAAUCCUCUUUGACACGUGCCUCACACGAACGCCUCACCAAUGAUCUGGCCAAAUUGAACUCCAGACUACGGGACGAAGUUCAGCGUACGCAAGCAUCAGUGCGACUGGAUCUCAAUCUCGAGAAGGGCAGGAUCAGGGAGGAAGCGAACUCGCAGGAUCUCAAGAUCAAAGAGACCGAGACGAGGAUCGAACAAGAAGCCGCGGCAUUGAGAGAACGCCUUGAGGCAGUCAAGUUCUCGACAUUGCAAUGGCUAAUGGGUGUAACAACGGGUACUGCCGCUAUUAUUCUCGGUGUGUGGCGCUUGCUCAUGUAG